AUGUCACAUUCAAAAAAAUCACUUUUUGCAGCAUAUUCAAACGAUGAUGAUGGUGAUGGUGAUGGUGAUGAUCUAUAUUUAGAGGAACACCAAAAGGUCACAAGCACAAACACACCAUCUUCAUCAUGGUUUUCAAAUUCAAGUUAUAAAGAAAAACAAGAAAAUGUUAUUGAUACAGUUACAUCAAAAACUCAACUUAAAAGGGCUUCAGAUUUCUUUAAUUUAGAUAGUGACAACACUUUUUCUUCUCCUCCUCCUCCUUCUUCAUCACCACCCCUUUAUUCAAAAACAGAAAAAAAAAAUAAUGAUAAAGUAAAAAUAAUAAUGAAAAAAAGAUCAUUCAUCGAUAGUAGUAGUGAUGAUAAUAGUGAUGAUGAUGAUAAUGAUAGCAGUUCUAGUGAUCAAGAUAGUAGUGAUGAUGAUAGUGGUGGUUUUACAUACAAUAGAAAGAAAUAUAAAAAAGAACAACAACAACAAGAAAAUGAAGAAAAUGAAGAAAAUGAAAGAAAAAAUAGAAAAAAAGAGAAAAAAAAGAAAAGAAAAGAUAAAAAAUUUAAAAAUGACGAUAAAUCAAUGAUGAUAAUAAGUAAUGAAAAUAGUGAAAAUUAUAGUGAUAAUAGUAGUUACUUUAUUGAAAAAACAGGUGAUAAAGUAUUUAGUAGUAGAACAUCAACACCAAAUUAUAAUUAUGACAAUUCUUUUAUAUUGGGAAUGAGUGAUUAUAAAAUUGGAUUUUCAAAGAAAGAAGGAUACCAAAUAGAACCAAUUUCUUUAACCUCUUUUAAUAAACAACAAAUCAAUAAUAGAUACUUUACAAAACCAUCAUCAUCAUCAUCAUCAUCAUCACAAUCACAACAACAAUUAAUAACAGUUAUUACGAAAAGAAAAGAAAUUGAAGAGAUUGAAAAAGUUAAACCAAUAUCAAAUAUAAAAGAUCCUUCAAAAUCAAAUGAUGAUGAAAUUAAAUUAAUUGUAUUAAAUGAAAAUAAUCAUGAUAAUGAUGAUGAUGAUAAUGAUGAUGAUGAUAAUGAAACAUUAGAAAGAAAAACAUUAAAAAAGAAUUCAGAAUUGAAUAAAUUAGUUGAGCAAUAUCCAAAUAAUAUUGAAUAUUGGAUUGAUUUAGUUAAAUUUCAAGAGAAUUUUCAACAAUUUAGUAGAAAUGUUAAUAAAUCAAAGACAUCAAUGUAUGAAAAACAAUUAUCAAUUUAUAGAAAUUCAUUAUUACAUAAUCCAGAUUCAGAGAUCUUAACCAUUGAAUACCUAAAAUUAGCUUCAAAAUUAUGGGAUCAACAAAAAGUUUUAGAUUUAUGGAAUAAAGUUUUAUCAUCAUCCUCUUCUUCAUCUUCUUCUUCAAUUAUUAGUGAAAAAUUAUGGAAAGAAUAUAUUGAAUUUUGUUUAAGUAAUUUUAAUGAUUUUAAAAUUGAAAAGAUUAAAGAAACAAUCAUUACAAUAAUUAGGAAAAUGUUGGUCAAAAGACGGUCGUUUAAAGUCAAAGAUUAUAAUUUCAUGGAAAACAUUUCAAAUUUAGAAGAAUCAAUAUUACAAUUCAUAUCACAAUUAAGCAAAUUAUUAAAUCAAGCUGGUUUCAGUGAAAGAGUAAUUGGAAUUUAUCAAUCAUUAAUUGAAUUCAAUUGUUUUGAACCAAUUCAACUCUCAAAUGAAACUCAAGCAACUCUAUUAAAAGAAUUUAAAUCCUAUUGGUCCUCUUUAGAUUAUCCAAAAAUUGGUAAUCCAAAUUCAAUUGGUUGGUCAAAAUCUUUUACAAUCUUAUUAAAUAACUCAAUUAAUAAUAAUAAUAAUAAAAAUAAUAAUAAUAAUAAUAAUAAUAAUAAUAAUAAUAAUAAUAAUAAUAAUAAUAAUAAUAAUAAUAAUAAUAAUAAUAAUAAUAAUAAUAAUAAUAAUAAUAAUAAUAAUAAUAAUAUGGAUUUAGAUAAUUUAGAUAAUUUAUCAAUUGAAGAGAUUGAAAAAUUAUUAAAAGAACAAGAAGAUCAAGAAAAUCAAGAUAAUGAAAAUAUUUUUAAUAUUACACAUAAAUCAAAAGAUUUAAAUGAAGAUGAUGAUAAUGAAAAUAAUAAUAAUAAUCAAGAAGAACAAGAAGAUAAUGAUAGUAAUAGUAAUGAUAAUGAUAAUAAUAAUAAUAAAUUUAAUACAUGGGGUAAAAAAGAAAUUGAAUUAGAUGAAUUAAAAUGGAAACCAUUGGAUAUUAAUAAUAAUUUAGAGGUUAAUAAAGAAGUAAAUGAAAAUGAUACUGAAAGAGUUGUAUUAUUUAAUGAUUUCUAUGAAUUAUUAUUUAGAUUUGUUAAAGAAGAAAAUAAACUUGAAUUGGUAUUUCAAUUUUUGGAAUUUUUAGGUGUACCAAUUUCAUUAUUAGAUGAUAAAAUUCAACCAAGAUAUUCAUUUUAUCAUCCACAACGUAGAGAUUCAAUAAAUUCAAUUCAUAAUGAGAAUAUAAUUUCAUUAUUAUUUAAAGAUUUAAAACAACAACCAUCACCACCAUCACCAUCACCAGAAUAUCCAAAUUGGUUUAAAACUUUUGAUAAAUUUUCAAAUAAUAAUAAUAAUAGUCAAAAUUUAUUAGGAUUAAGUGAUGAUAAAAUUAAAUUUAUAGAUUCAAUUUAUAAAUUAAUUUUAGAGAAUAGUAAUGGAAUUAAAUUAAAAGAGAAAUUAUAUGUAUCAUAUAUAAUGUUUAAAGCAUCAAUUGAUAUUAAUGAUGCAAAAGUUUAUACGAAAUCAUUAUGUGAAAAAUUUAAAAAUUUAAUCUAUUUUGAUAUUUUUGCAUCUUUAGAAUUAAAAUCUGGUAAAACUCAACAAGCUAGAACUAUUUAUCAAACGACUUGUUUUUAUAUAAAUCAAUUAAUAAAUCAACAAGCACAACAACAACAACAACAAUUACAAAUUGAUUUAGUAUAUAGGGAAUACUUAUUUAUGGAAUUAAAUUUAAUUUAUCAAACUAUUGAAAAGGAUCCACAAAUAUUAAAAAGAUUUAUAAAGAGUAAUCAUAAACCAAUUGAAUUAUUCUUUACACCAUUGCAUAUAUUACAAUGUUAUUUAGAUGGCAAUUAUAAACAAUAUUCAAGUUCAACUUUUAAUUUAAAUACAAUAAAUCAAUUUUUAAAUCAAUUAAAUUUAAAAUUCCUUCAAAAGUUACAACAACAACAACAACAACAACAACAGAAUAGUAGUAGUAGUAGUAGUAGUAGUAGUAGUAGUAGUAGUAGUAGUAGUAGUAGUAGUAGUAGUGUUGACUUUUUAUUAUGUUAUUGUAUAUUUGAAUUAUUAUCAAAUGGAUUUGAUGGAUUUUUAAUAUUAUUUAAAAGAAUUACAUCAUCGUCAACAAAUGAUUAUUUAAAGAUAUUCUCAAUUCAACAUGAAUUAUUAACUAUUAGAUGUAUUGAUAUGGUUACAAAGAUUGCACCAUUAAUUGGUACUGACCCAAAAAGAAUUAAAAAUUUAAUAAUUGAUUCAUUAAAUCAAUAUUAUGAUCAUCCAAAAUUAUUAUCUUUAUUUUUAAAUUGGGAAAGUAAAAAUCAAUUAAUAAAUAGAAUUCGUAUUUAUUUCGAUUUAAAUUCAAUUAAUAAUAUUAAUAAUAAUAAUGGUGGUGAUGAUGGUGGUAGUAGUAUAUUUUGGUUAUUUGCAAUUAAAUUUGAAUCAAAUAGAAUUGGUGCUGCACAAAGAAUUAAAUCAUUAUUUGAAAAAGCAAUAAGUACAACUCAAAAACAUAAUAUUAUAUUUUGGAAACUUUAUAUUGAAUUUGAAAUAAAUAGGGGAAGAUUAAAAAUUGCAAAAUCAAUUUAUUAUCGUUCAAUUAAACAAUUACCAUUUUCAAAACAAAUUUGGUUAUUACCUUUUACAAACUCAAAAUUAUCUUUAAUUUUUAAUAAUCAAGAAUUUAAUGAAAUUAUAAAUUUAAUAAAUGAAAAAGGAAUAAGACUUAGAAUUCUUACUCCAAAAGUUUCUAAUUAA